ACCCUCCUUUCCACCAACCUCAUCUCUAAACAUUGUUUCAAUUUUUUUCUAAAGCCAAACACAGCAUAAUACAAAAAUGGAGGGUCUAAUUCCUUUCGUGUAUAGAGCCAUAGUUCAAUACAGGAAUGGGAAAGAAGAAGGUCUAAUGGCAUCAUGGUUCAAGGAGUCGCCAUCGGCUUCCUACAUGCGACUUCCUGGUGAUUCUGGAAGGUUUCAAAUAUCAGAAGGAUUUUCAACGUCUUCACCAUGUUCCAUGGCUCCUCCUAACAGUAGCACUGCUCAGAUCAUUGUAUCCACCGGAAUUCAAACCCCGGUCCAUCGACUUACCUCUCGCCGCCUUGUUGCUUGAUCAUGAUCGUGACCCCUACAGGUGUUAGUGUUGAAGUGACCAACCAAGAAGCAAGAUGAUGGUGUGGUAACUUUAUGUAUGUGAAUAUAUUGUAUGUUUUUUUUUUUUUUUCAAAGUUUUUAUUUUAUCAUAGCCUGGGGAUAAUAAGCGUAUGAGAAAACCAAAGCGGGUCAUACGCUCUGUAUCCCUUAGUUUAAUUUAGUGUCCUGGAAUGUGAGGCUUCAAAAAUGAUUUAGGCUUGUGGGAGACCAAAUGGAUCCUCCUAUACAUCAUAGUUGUGUGAUCAAUGAUGUAAAAUGUGAAGAAAAUGAAGGAAAUGCCCUUAUGUAAAUAUUGGUGAUAUUGGUGGAAUAUUUCACGGCCAAAGGGUCGUAUA